AUGGCGCUCGCCUGUCCUUCCUCCGUGUCCUUCAAGUCCUUCCAAGGGCUCAAGGCCAGCCCGGCUGUCUCUUCUCAAGCGCGCAUUAGUCGCUCCAAUGUAGCUUUCCCAAAUGUCGCGUCCAAGAGGCUGGUCGCCGUCGCGGCCGUCGCAGAGGCACCAGCAGCUGCCGGCCCGGCAGUUCUGCCCGUCCUGACAAUGGACGGCGCGAACUCCGGCAAGACGGCGGAGCUGAACCUGCGGACGGCGCGGCCGGAGACGGCAAAGGCUGUUGUCCACCGUGCCGUGGUCACCUACAUGCAGAACAAGCGCGCGGGUACCGCGAGCACGAAGACCCGCGCGGAGGUGCGGGGAGGUGGGCGGAAGCCGAUGAAGCAGAAGGGAACCGGCAGCGCGCGCCGGGGAUCGCAGCGGACGCCGCUGCGUCCCGGUGGUGGUGUGGUGUUCGGGCCUAAACCCAAGGACUGGACGAUCAAGAUCAACAAGAAGGAGAAGCUGCUUGCCGUGGGGACCGCUCUGCAGAACGCGGCGACCGCGAAUGACGGCGCGAGCUUCAUUGUGAUCGAGGACGUACACGACAAGGUCGCGGCUCCUAAGACUAAGGACUUCGUCGCGGCGCUUGCGCGGUGGGGCGUGGAUUACAAGAAGGAUCACGCGCUGCUGCUCACCGGCGAAGCUUCAGAGAACCUGCUGCUGUCGACGCGGAACAUCGAGAACCUGAAGGUGGUGACGCCGAACGCGCUGAACAUCUACGACGUGCUGCGCGCCGAUAAGCUGCUGGUGACGGAGUCUGGGCUUGAGUACCUUAACCAACGGUUCGGCGAUGACCUCGUACAAACCUGCCACAUUCUUUACCACCCCCUUCCCUCCCCUCCUCAUUCCCCCUUCUCCCACGCCGGCCUUCCCUUACCCUUUCUCCUCUCUCACUCUUUGGUAGUCACAUCCCCUCUCCUCCCUCUCGCUCCACAUGUUCGCCCACACACUGUUGCCACUCUCCCGUCCUCCCCCUCUCACCUUCAUUUUCUCGCCUUCGUUUCCUGCCUACCGCUCUCCCCUUCUUUGUUUAGGUGUACGUUUUCUUCCCUUUCCUCUUCAUCCUCUCUCAAACUUCCAUAUCCUCAACUCCCCAUUACUUCCUCCCCUCUCCCCUUCCACCGUCUUGCCUACGCCAUUUUCUCUCCUGCCGAACUUUCCCCUUCUCCUGCCUCCCUUUCCCCUUCUCCUGCCUCCCCUGCAAUUCCCCGUCUUUGUGCCUUCUGGCAAGCGUCACCCUCGCUCCCUUCUUGCCCAUACAUUCCCCCGUUCAUCUAG